AUGCCCAUGGAGGGGGAUGACGACGAUGAGUCGAUGAACCACAUCAGCCUGGCCGAAAGGCAAGCUCUGCAUGUCUUCAUUCAUCGAUUGGAGCACUUUGUCCAGUCUGGCACCGACGAUGGCGCGCUGCAAUCCGCCUCGCAGCUCGCCGAAGAGCUUCAAGCUUUGCGCUCCAUCUACGGCGACCAAAGCAUCGGUCUGCUGCAUCCAAGCACAAGCACAAGCACAAGCACAAGCACAAGCACAAGCACAAGCACAAGCACAAGCACAAGCACAAGAGGCGAGCCUUCAUGCUCUCAACCAUGCAAUCGCUCCACCCCCACUCCUUCCCCCAACGCUGCCGACCCGCGGAUCAGCAUGGACAAGCUCAGGCUCAGCGUUCGUGCAGACAUUGCAGCCGCAACGGCGUCAAGCGAGGCUGCAGCCUCGCAGCCCCUCCACUUAUCCAUCACCUUGCCUUCAAACUACCCGCACUGCGAUCAAGCGCCACAGCCUCAGGUGCUCAGUCGCUACAUCGGCCCUUUGCCAGUAGAUCAUCUCAUCUUUGCAGAAGUCCUGAGAUGUUUUCUUCACUUUCAACGCCUCAUCUCUGAAAGCGAUGUGGGUCGCGAGCGUGGAGAACAAACAGCGCAGCACAACGAUACCAAAGGACUACGAUGGACCAAGGGCGAAGUGAUCUGCUUUGAAAUCAUCGAGUGGGUCAAGGAGCGUGUGGCCGAGUGGUUUGAGCAGCGUCUUGCCCGGCGACGAGAGGAACAGUCGCGCAAUCCGAGGUCAUUGGACGCUGAAGCAGCACAGCCUCCAGAUUUCAGCAACGAUGACCAAGACUCAGAGCGGCAAGAUAUGGCGACGUUGCCCGAGUCCACUGAUCAACGUCACGCUAGUCACAAAGCAGUCGACAUUGCCAGCAUGCUCGUCAGCAGCCCCCCCAUCACCGAACGAAAGUCGGUCUUUGUCGGUCAUGCUGCGCGCCUGACUCACCCCGACGAAGUGAGUGGGAUGUCGGCUUCUAUACCAUCAUGGCCUGUCGCAUUUCGGUUCUUCGAAUGGCAAUUGUCGCUCAAUCGUCCUGCUUUGCGUUUCCCUGCGCUCUGCAGAUUCCUGCUUUGCUUGCACAUCUCUUGUCCGACCGGCGGAUUGCGAAAGCCACUCAUCCGACCAUACAUGCAUGGACGUGCUCGAGCACUGGCCAGAGCGGCAGACCAGUUCAUGCCAGUGACUGCGACGAUGACGGCGAAUCCGCCGCAGGUGGGAGGCUAGCACAUCUGCUCCACGUGCUUGUAAGUACGCGAGUGGAUGCCCUGGCGACAUUCUUUCAAGCGCACACGAUGCGGCUGCUCCGAUGCUUGCGCUGGCGAAAAGUGCACGCCGCCAGAUCACAGGUCAAAUGCGUUCUCAUAUUUGCCCUCCUCAUCCUUUUCAGGGCGUUGACAAUGUCAUUGUAGUGGUCACAAGAUGGGUAGGUGUCUGGCUCGAUGUCGCUGGAACGGCGCCUCCAUCCCAAACUUACACUACUGAUUUCCGCGCUCACCCAAAGUACGGAGGUGUCCAUCUCGGCGCAGACCGCUUCAAACUCAUCAACAGGGCAGCGCGAGAUGCUCUGGAGGUCUUGGGCGUGGUUCAAGGUCCGCUCAAUUUAGGCCCUGACAUUUCAAACGCUGCGCAUGCAUAUACGCACAAGCUUGACACCACGUCUAGACGGUAG